GUGAAACCGAAAAGCGGAAGUUGACAGUUAGCAUACUGUUGCUAGCUGUAGCCAGUGAGUGUGUGUGUGUGUCCAGGUGUGAAGAUGUUACCUUUAUCUAUUAAAGACGAUGAGUACAAACCCGCCAAGUUUAACCUGCUGGUGAAGCUGUCGGGAUGGUUCAGGUCGAUCCUCGCUGAUAAAACCUCCAGGAACCUUUUCUUCUUCCUCUGUCUGAAUCUCUCCUUCGCCUUCGUGGAGCUUUCAUACGGCAUCUGGAGCAACAGUUUAGGUCUCAUCUCAGAUUCCUUCCACAUGUUCUUUGACUGCACCGCCCUGCUGGCAGGUCUGGCAGCAUCCGUCAUCUCCAGGUGGAGGUCCAACGACAGCUUCUCUUACGGUUACGUCAGAGCAGAAGUUCUAGCAGGGUUCGUCAACGGACUCUUCCUCAUCUUCACAGCCUUCUUCAUCUUCUCUGAAGGAGUGGAGAGAGCUUUGGAGCCUCCUGACGUUCACCACGACCGUCUGCUUCCUGUCUCUGUGGCCGGUCUGCUCGUGAACCUGGUCGGCAUCUUCGUGUUCCAGCACGGAGGACACGGACACUCGCAUGGAGAGGGAGGUCACGGUCACAGCCACUCUCUGUUUAACGGCAGUGUGAAUCACGGACACAGUCACGGAGGACACGACCACCACAAACACGCAGACAAACACGAACACGGAGGACACGGACACGGUCAUGAUGGUCAUGGAGGACACGGUCAUGAUGGUCAUGGUCAUGGAGGACACGGACACAGCCACGAGGAGCCACACUGUCACGACGAUCUGCUGCACACUCCGGGGAAAGGAGCCAGUAAACAGAUCCUACAGGGCGUCCUGCUGCACAUCAUCGCUGACACUCUGGGCAGCGUGGGCGUGAUCAUCUCGGCUCUCCUGAUGCAGAAAUACGACCUGAUGAUCGCUGAUCCGAUCUGCUCCAUGCUGAUCGCUCUUCUCAUCGGAGUCAGUGUGGUGCCGUUGCUGAAAGAGUCCAUCGGGAUCCUGAUGCAGAGAACUCCGCCCUCCCUGGACAACGCCCUCCCUGAGUGUUACCAGAGGGUGCAGCAGCUGCAGGGAGUUUAUAACCUGCAGGAGCCUCACUUCUGGACCCUGUGCACGGACGUUUACAUCGGAACAUUAAAGCUGCUGGUCGCCCCCGAUGCAGACACACGCUGGGUCCUCAGCCAGACGCACCACAUAUUCACACAGGCCGGAGUUCGACAGCUCUACGUUCAGAUGGAAACAGCCGCCAUGUAGAAGCUCCUCCUCCUCUGAACAUCUGGGACCAAUCACCUUCAGUUUGCUGCAGGUGACCUCUGACUCAACCCUCAAGGUCACUACAGGUCAGACCGAGAAGGGGGUGGGGGUGUGUGACUGAUCUCCCAUGAUGCACCAGCCCAACGCAUCCUGGAUGAACUCAAAAUGCCCCUCCCCCUUUUUUAACCUCACCUGUCCGUCAGCGGACAGCGUGACCCCCCCCCCCCCCAGCUGCACUUUGUAGACUGGAGCAAAGCAUUCUGGGUAAGUGCCUUCAUUAUAAAUCAGAGACAAUCUGAGCCUGUUUCCUGUUUGGAUGCCCCUCCCCCUGUGACAUCACUGCUGGGACCAUACUGCUGCCAGCUGAUUGGAGAGCGGUGUGUGUGAUGUCACCAUGUGUUUUUUUUAACGUGCCAAAUCAUGUGACCAAAUCAUGUGACCAGUCUUGGGGUUUCAUUCUUUUUCAACUGUAAUAAAUAAUUCUGUUUCUCUGA